AGCCUGCUCCCUGGUGGCGCCGCGGCCAAGCGCAGGAGGCUGUUGCCGCAGCAGCGUCGGGAGCGGGCGAGGCGGGGAUGCAGGAUUCCCCCGCUCUCCGCCAAUCACACGCGCUCCCCAGGCCCGGGCUCCAGCCACUGGCUGCGGCGGGCGCCGGGCCCGGCAGGGCUCCGGGCGGCGGCGGCGUGGGGGGAUGCGGUGACCUUGCGGCUGGGCGGCAGGCGCAGAUCGAGCGCCCCGGGGCCGGGCCAUGGGCACGGUGCCGUCCGCGCUGAAGCACUGCCUCAGCUAUCAGCACCUCCUCAAGGAGCAGCUCUGGAUCGGGGAGCCGGCCGCGCCGCCGCCUGCUCUGCAUCCCGGGAAUUUCAAAUAUCUGGAUUUCCUGACUAUGUUAAAAUUGUAGAAGUUGGGCCAAGAGACGGAUUACAAAAUGAAAAGGUUACAGUUCCCACAGAUAUCAAAAUUGAGUUAAUCAACCGACUUUCCAAAGCAGGCUUGUCUGUAAUAGAAGCAACCAGUUUUGUUUCAUCAAAGUGGGUACCUCAGAUGGCAGAUCACACAGAAGUAAUGAGAAGGAUCGAGCGGCAUCCUGGGGUCCAAUAUCCUGUACUCACACCUAAUCUUCAAGGUUUUCAUUCUGCUAUUGCAGCAGGAGCUACAGAGGUAUCAGUAUUUGGUGCAGCAUCUGAAUCUUUCAACAAAAUGAAUAUUAAUUGUUCUAUAGAAGAAAGCAUAGAAAAAUUUGAAGAAGUUACUAAAUCAGCACAAAAUAUGAAUAUUCCAGUGCGAGGGUAUGUAUCUUGUGCACUGGGAUGCCCGUAUGAAGGAAACAUCAUACCAGCUAAAGUGGCAGAAGUGUCUAAACAGCUGUAUAGCAUGGGCUGCUAUGAGAUCUCUCUGGGGGACACAAUUGGUGUGGGGACCCCCGGCAGCAUGAAAAGAAUGUUGGAAGCUGUUAUGAAGGAAAUCCCAGUGAGUGCUCUUGCUGUUCACUGCCAUGACACGUAUGGCCAGGCUUUAGCCAAUAUCCUCACAGCCUUACAGAUGGGAGUUGGUGUUGUGGACUCUGCUGUUGCUGGAUUAGGUGGCUGUCCAUAUGCGAAAGGUGCUACUGGAAACGUAGCCACGGAGGAUGUGCUAUACAUGCUUAAUGGGUUAGGGAUAAAUACGGGAGUGAAUCUUUACAAGGUGAUGGAAGCUGGUAACUUCAUCUGCACGGCUUUGAACAAGAAAACAAAUUCUAAAGUUGCACAAGCUUCCUUCAAUGUUUGAACUGUAUAUUAAAAUGUUCUUUCUGCAAUACACAUUGUCAAAGAGCAUUUACAUAAAGAAAAUCAAUUGCAAAACCUUUUCAGUCAAGAAAAAAAGAAAGCAUGCUAUAGCUGUUCUUUAUGGAAAGAGUAACUGUGUGUUAGAGUACUACAUCUUGCCAAAUGUUAUUUUGGGGAAAGAAUACAGCAUUGCAAAUAAUAAAUAUAAUGUCUAUCAAUACAAAUUCAUGUACUCGAUACUUUUAAAAGUAAGCAAAUCAGCAACUUACUGUCUAUUUAAAUGGCCUUUUAGCUUGCUUUAGAAAAAAUUAAUUACAGAGUUCCACAAAAAGUGAAUACAUUGGUAAUUCUUAAUCAAGCUGACUUUUAGUACAGUACAAAUAUUUGAAGUAGUUUAUGAGAUCCCACAUUGUGUGUGGCCUGGCUAUUAUGUGUUUUAUUUCUCUGAAUCUCCACUUUUCAUUUGCCAAGUCAAUUAUGUUAUGAACGUGGAGCCCAAUCUAAAUUUACUGUAAGUAGUUUCUAGCAAUAGCACUUUUGUAUUUUUACAAUGGUUAACAUCUGUUAAAUAUAUGAAUGAUUUUAUCUUGUUCCAAGAGUUUGUGAUGAAUAGCAGCUUGCCAUAUCCUGCAAAUCUAGUGCAACCUCUCUUAUUUGUUACAUACAUUAAAUUCACUGUAGUUGCCUUUUUCAUCAGCUGUUUUAAAAAGCUGAUUAAUUAUAUCAAACAAUGAAAAGAAGACAGGAUAUACUCUUUAGUGUAGCACACUGGGGGUAAUUAGAUUUUUGUGUAAAAGCCUCAUGCACCAGUUGACAUUUUAUUUUAUGAUCCCCAGAUUAUCAUUCUCACUCAUUAUCACAGAAUCUGUCUUUCUGGGGAUGUUGACACCUAUGACUGACUAGUUUACACAGAGUGAGCCAUCCACAGCCUCCCUCUAAGCUUUUGUGAAUUUACUGUACCUGUAAAUGUCUGAGUGCAACAAAAUGCCAGUAAACUGCACCAUCAUCAGUAAAUCAGCAAUGGACAAUUUAAAAUAACCGCCUCAUUGUUUUUGUAACCUGUUCAAAUCAUCCAUGAAACUACUGUAAUCUUCUUGCCUGAAACUUCAGUUCUUUUACUGUGUCUGUCUACACAGCCUUCUUCAGUAUCUGUAUCUUCAUUAUGUAUCUGCUCUUGAUCUGAAUUUUGUUAGAAAGCAAGCUCUUAACACAAAACCCAAUAACCUGGGCUAUGAUUUUUUCCCCAUUGAUAUAUACUUAGCUCUUCUCAGAAACAUGAAAAUUUGGAGAAGGAUGAGAUUUUAAAAAAGUGAAAGAUUUACAUGAAAAGAAAGAAGAAGGUAGGCUCACAGUUGUGUGCAGCCCAACUCUGUCAGACUACAGCACCCUUACUUGUGCCAUUAUCGCAUGUUCUGGGGUUGUGCCAUGGUCCGAACCAACUUGAUUAUGAGACAUCCAGGUUGUCGGCUGAUGUCACAUAUGGUUGGAGUUUGGUGGCUACUACUCUCCAAAUUAUUUUGCCCAGGAAUGUGGGGGUUGGAGACAGGGUAGUCAUUGGAGAGGUCUUCUUUGGAGAGGUCUUUCUGGCAAGUGUUGGCUUGCUGAGGACUGGUGAACUAUUACUUUUUUCCAGGAGUUUGGUAGCUGUGCUUCUCUGAAGCAGGCAUAGAUUAUUUCCAUUAGUAGUUCACAUAGUUCUUCUUCACUGUCUUUUACCAGCCUGGAGUCUCCUGGAUCCAUUUCACAGACUGUGGCUUUAAUAUUUUUCAGGGCUACCCUGCUUUGCAUCAGAUACAGUUCAGUCUUUACAGGUGGCUGGAAAUUGGCCUUGAGUUGGCACAUUUAUAUGUUAGUUUAAAAUCUAACCAGACAUCAUUGAAAAUAAGAUUCAGGAAGGACCUGUAAUACGAGUGCUCGAUCCAAGGGUUGCAAAACCAACAACACCCCCCCAUCCCACCCCCAACACAUGGGCUCAUGAACAGGGCUGGGGGUGGUUGUGAUCAUCUUUCCUUACUUUAUUGCUAGAUGGGAGAGGUUGAUAACAUUUGCUCACCAUUGUAAUAUGGGAUCAUGGAAUGCAGCUUGAGAAUCACUGAGGUAGAAUUACUACUAUUUUGCUCCAUGCUAUAGAAAUGAACCACUUCUACGGCAAAGGGAUAGUUUAUGUAAGAUACGACUGUUUUCUCAGAGGGUUAUUUUAAGGGGAGGGAGUGUGGCCUAGUGAUCAGAUCUGUGGUCUGGGAGCUAGGAUUCUGUUCCCAGCUGGCUCACUGUGUGACUUAUCAGGUUGCUCACCUAGUGCUGUGAGGUUUUCAUUAAUUAUUUUUUGUAAAGCCAGUUGGAAUGUUCAGAGCACAGAAUUUAAAAAAGUAUCCAAUCUGAGAACUGUCCCAGCAACAUUUCCCAGGCUUGGCUUGUUAAUUAUUUUUAUUUACGCAUUUAUUUAUACUAUAUUUACUAAAUGGAAACAUUUUUUCUUCAAAUCUCCCAUUUCCUGUUUCAGUUAGCAUCUGCCAUCAUGAUCCUAAUGUCCUAGCAGGAGGGCAUGAUUAAAACCAAUGUUAAUGUAGCCCUUUGGGUCAUCCUCCAGAGACACGGUAUAUUUGCUGAAGAACUGUCACCAGCAUGGUUGUACUGGUUAAAUGCACCUAUUAUUUUGCAGUGCAUGGCAUUAAUCUUAAAGGUGAAAUAAAACAUAUCUAAAUGUUUGUUGAAACAGAUAUCCUGAUGUAUUAUGACAUGCUAGAGUUCAGCAACUCCAGUUAACUAAGUCACACGUAAGGCGUUAGUAAAUAUCAGCUGUCACUCCAUCACACACUCUAAUGUUUAUGCCGGUAAGGUGUAAUCCAUUCUGAGUGCAUUUGCUUGUGAUUACCUUUAUUAUCAGUUGUUCCAAUCUGCUUUAAUGGAAAAUGAUACGCAACUGAUGAAUCUCUUCUACGUUACCAUAGAAACAUAUUUCUUCCCUCCAUUAACUAAGCAUUAACUAUGAGAUCUUUGAUAACUCAGAAUAUUCCUCUGUAAAGAAAUAUUCAAGUUAUGGUAAUCAAAGUUGAUUCAGAGUACCACUCUCAGAUCAUUUAAAUUUUCUUUUCAAUUUUUAUUUUUGAGCUUCUCUCUAUAUCACAAAUGCAGAGCAAACAUUUUCAUUCCUGUUUUUAUAUUAGCUAAAAUCACCCAAAUUACCAUCUGAGCCUGUACCAAGUGUCAUCAAUGGUAAAACAAUUGUACAUUGCAGUGGGUGUCUGAACACAUCCUAAUACUUUAUACUAUACACUGAGGUGGAAAAUACGUUCUGGAUCACACGUGUGACCUUCUUACUGUAUUUUUUUUUGCAAUUACUCCAAAAUUGCAUGCUCCAAAAACUGCAUGAUGAACAGCUGCACAUAAGGAUAGUAAGGUGCAGACACUCCAUGCCC